AUGGCGUCAGCGGCUCCGACACCAAGAACGAAGCUCAGCAACUCCGACGUCGAGCACGGCGUCCAGUGGCUUCGAAGAAGCCCUCGAGUGCAUUACUCAGCGGGCAAGGGUGUGAGCUUCGCGGGGCUGACUUCGAUCAUGACGGCCAGUAUCGAGACCAUGUCGACGCGCACGGGCGCGGUGGACAUGCUCCUUGUGGCGUCUGCCCAGACGCGGGACUCGUCAUGGGCAUGGGGUCUUCAGCUUGGCAGCAUCCCUGAAGACCCCAUGCCCAUGACGAGUCCCGCGUCUGGGCAGACGCCACAAGGAGCAUGUCCACCGCGCCCUGUUCGCCUCCAGCAACACGAAGGCCCGUUGCGCACCGUGCGCGUCGACAUGGUCUCGAUACUGGCCGUCAUGAUCGAACCGCUGACGCCAUGUUUGUCGUCGGUGCUGGUGGGCGUCAUGCUCGGCGUCGGAGUUGCCGGAUCUCGGUAUACUUCUGAGCCUCGUUCGUGGCGGCAAAGCCGCAGAGUCGUCGGUGCUGGUGUGCGUCAUGCUUGGCGUCUACAUCCGAGCUGUUGGACGCUGUACUCGACGUCGGUGCUGCUGGACAUCGUGUUUGGCCUGGACACCGAGCUUGGCGUCAUACGAGGCGACAUCCCCAAGUUCAUGCCGCCAUGCCGGGCGUGGUGCACCUGUGCAGGCGAAAUCCUGCCCACCACGACGCCGGGCGACUCCACGCACGUCCUGGACGCGUUGUCCAUGCGGAACGACAAAUGGCAGCACCGAGCGGACUGA